AACUCGAGCGACAUCAAACCUAAUUUUGUCUUCAAACUGAUGAGAACGAUAAAAAAAAAAGUAAAAAUUGAAAAAGAACAUUAAUAUUGUGGAAAGAAUUCAACGUAAUGCUGCACCGGGCCAAUUUUUAUGAAGGAAGCAACAUGCGCGGACGGCCACAGCACUUUGGACAGAGAGAGCUAUUUGGCAAUCCGCACAAUGGUUUCGGUGUUCAAUCUGGCAAUGUAGUCAACGUGCAGCUCAACGAGAGACGCGACUGGCUAUUCCAUUUGGGCUUGAGCCCCAGCUGUGCCCACGAGCUAGCAAUACAUACACUCGAGCAGCCAGACUUCAAUCUGAGCCACUUUCAGCAGCAUUGGAAACGUCUUAGCCUGCAGCUGGGCGCCAGACGACAGGCCGAGGUGGAUGCCAUAGUUUUACGUAAAAUCCGAGAGCUACUGCAUCGUCAAGCGGCCCCAUCGAGCUAUCCCAGAACCCCGUCACCACCACGCGGCAUCAACUGGAUCUCAAGUCGUGAAAAUUCGCCAGAUUGUGAUCCUAUUCCUUUGGCAUAUCUUGCUGAUAACAGGAAUGACCACUACCCAGAACGCAGAUUGACUUCGACGCCUGUGGAAGAAAUGGACUUUCAACCACCUGACUUGCAUCGAAGAGAACUAGAUGUAGAUUCACGAAAUUCGGACCAUAACUUUAAUGGAGAGCUGGCAAAACGUUUUACCCCAUACAACUCCAACGAUAACUACAACAACAAUAACAAUAAUUAUCGAAACUUGGACUAUAAUAUAGAUUUAGAUCUUCGAAACAUUGAAGGAGAUUUUGCCCCACAACAGCUUAACAAUAUUGUAGGUUGCCCCGUUCAACAUAAAAACAGUUCUGAAAACAAUGCGUUCGUGAACCACAAUUACCGUCGUCAGUUGCCUGCUUUAUUCAACGAUAAAUUUCAUUUUAAUAACAGGGAACAGCUUCAAUUCAGAAAUGUAAAUAAUGUACACUUUCAAAAUGCAUUGGAGCCCAUGUUCAGGCGAUUUAAUGGCAGAAAUGAAGCUGGGAACAAUAAAAAUUUUAAUUCAAAUCAGUUUCCAAACAUUUACCAAGACGGGGAAGCCCAUACAAUCGAUAACAGAAAUUUGCGCAUCCCCAGCCUCAGGGUAUUAAAGCGCGCUGCUGAACCAAGCAAUGGGGAACUUGACCAAAAUAAACACAAGAAGCGCAUUAUGACGCAAGUGGAUCAAAUAUUUCAAAUAGGCGACUUUGAAAUGCCCUACCUUCACAGCAACUGGAAGCCGUUACCGCAGCCAGAGAGCACGUAAUAUGCGAUUAAGUUCUUUCGACGUAAGCACUGCAGUAUUAUUGGUGGAAAGGAGGCAGUGCCUCCAGAGUCACCAGUUCGGAAAAGCCCGAUACUAUCUUUAAACUAUAGUCGCGGUGCAGCCAAGCGAUUUCGUCAGGGCCUCCGCGAUGAGUGGACGGAUAUAUACCGCAACAUGAACUACAGAAGCUGGGAUAUUUGGUGGAAAGACUUCAAGUGGUGUGAGGCGGGCAUCGAUAAAGAGCUCGAUUACUUUAAAGGCAUUAAUUUAAGAUAUUCAUUUCUGCACAUUAAAAUGAGUUAUGACAAACCGGAGUCGAUAAGGCAACUAAUGCACUCAGCUCAUUUGGCAUUGGAGUUGAACAAGACGAAUUUUCAAUCGAUAAUGGGCACCAUUUUUGAAUUGACGAACGUGUGCUUCUUGGAGAAAUUGGAUUCGGAACAUAUGUGCCAAUUGCAGGAUAUCAUACGAUACAUACCGAAUCACUUGUGGGUCUACAAGAUGCGCAGCAUGGUCUAUUUGUGGUCUCGUUACAGCCGUAUUCGAACAACGGCCAAUCCUUCAAACAGGGAACUCUGGUCCACGCAGACACAAUGGAACAGUCCCUUAUUUCACUGGCUAGCCAAGCAGGCCUACCUCGAGCUCAAGACUGUCAGUGAAGUCGAGUGGACUGAGCAUAAUAAACUGUAUCCAUUGAUAUAGUUAAAUUGAUUUGUAUUUAGGAACAUGUAUUUAUCGACUCCAGUGGUAACAAUAAUUUUAUGCUAACCACGACAUAAAAUAAUUAUAAUAAUUAUACAAAUAAAUUGUUAUACAAAAUAUUUGUUCUUGCGGAGCUAUGUUAUGCACACGAUCAUUUUAUACAUUUAAAAUCAUGGAUUAAGACCCGUUGGAACUAUGACUUACGGAUUAUGAGGAGAACAAUGAAUUUUCUUCAAGCCAAGUUUUGUUAAGAUUUUUAACUUGGUAACGAUAUGCGUAUUUAGGUAAACUUUUGUCUUGAAAGCUUGGUGCUUUGUCUUUGUAAUCAAACUGGCCUUUGGUAAUAUAAAGCGUAUUCAAAUCUGGAAUCAAUGAAACUUGUGGACUCUGGUGGAGAGCCUCGGCAUUUUAACUAAUUUUGCUUGCAUCCCCACUCGUUCAUUGCUGCUAUUAUGCUGCCAUCUAUUUGUAAGGCAAAUAAAAACUCAAAGCAUUUA